CCUUCCUCAACUAUUUGCUAUAUACGGGCAAUACUGCAACACAUUUCACCUCGUGCAACAAAGAGGAGAGAAAAAAGUUCAACUUUAUUGCUGAAACAUGAUUACAAAUCCGAUAUUUCAAUCUCUUCUUAACACUACGACCUUCUUGGUCCCUGCAACUGUUCUGGGUUCUUCUCCUUUCUUGCAAAACCCCCUUGAAAAUUCAUGUAGAAAAGGCAGGGAACCCAAGGGUUACAGAGAGAGAAGGCUUGGUAAGAUGAGGGGAGAGGUUGUUUGCUGGGCAUUGCUCCCAGUUGAUCCAUGGGCACCCAACAUCGAUUCAGAGAGCAUAGCUUCGCAGCUUUUUGCUUUUUCUUUGUUUCCUUACCUCGGUUUCUUGUACUUCAUCACCAAAUCCAAGUCUUCUCCAAAGUUAACCCUUUUUGGGUUCUACUUCUUGCUCGCCUUUGUGGGGGCUACCAUUCCUGCUGGGAUUUAUGCUAAGGUACAUUAUGGUACUUCCUUAUCCAAUGUGGAUUGGUUACAUGGUGGAGCUGAGUCACUUCUUACUCUAACCAAUUUGUUUAUCGUAAUGGGGUUGAGAGAAGCUCUUCGGAGAGCUCAAGAUGCAAAAUAAAGCACAUCCAAUUAGGAGAGCUCAGGUGGUAUGGUUCUCAAUAUCUUCUAAAAUCUCUACAAUAAUCUGCUCUAUUCUAGCAGAUUUGGCUCCUCUUAUUGUCAUAUUUUUCACUCCAGAUUAAGCCCAAGUGGCUUCAGCUGCUGUGCUUUUGCUUGUGGUUGAGAUUUGUCGCCUUAACUAGAUGUACAAUAAAGAAUACGUUAAGUCAUUUGAUGUUGGUUCGUUUACAGAAUCUCUCUGGACGUAGAAUUAAGUCUCCAGUAAAUCAUUUUUUAUUUUCUUUCUUCA